AUGUCGGUGUUCUUCUUCCGACUCCACAAUCUGCGUCGUAUAGCAGAAGCUCAAAAAAAACGUGAGAAAUGCAGUGGAGCUGGUCAAUGUGGUGGUCAACGUGGGACCAAUUGUGGGGACCAGUCCCAACCUACCGCCGGGUCAAUGCAGUCCUGCAAAAAUAUCCAACGGGGACCCAGUAAAUUAUUCGAACGAGCGCCGCUCCAACCCAGCGACUCACUCGACGAAAUAGCUUUCCAGAUACCCAGAGUACGCGUUGAGUAUUACGUCAACGAAAACACAUUCAAGGAACGUCUUCAGCUGUACUUUAUAAAAAAUCAACGUUCAAGUCUGAGGAUACGAGUAGCAAAUCUUUUCUUCAAGCUGCUAACAUGUUUUCUAUAUAUAUUCAGAGUUGUUACGGAUAAUGUUCCUACUUUUGCAGCAUGUUACGGUUGUGAAGCAGGAAACAAGUCGGACAUUCUGGCGUCACAAAUGCUCACAGAGGAAGCAUUCCAGGAGCACCCUACCAUCAACUGGGACGCUAUUUUGUGGGUGAGACGCCCUUUAGAACUGUGGGUCGUUCAGGUGAUUUUGGCAAUCGUAUCACUGACCGAAGCGCUAUUGCUCGCUUAUCUCGGAUACAAGGGAAAUGUGUGGCAGCAAUUACUAUCAUUCCACUUCAUAUUGGAGCUCGUCAAUACGAUACCAUUUACAAUAACGAUACUCUAUCCGCCGAUGCGAAAUCUAUUUAUACCGGUGUUUCUGAAUUGCUGGUUAGCUAAACACUCACUUGAAAAUAUGUUUAAUGAUUUACACAGAGCUAUGCAGAGAUCUCAAUCAGCUUUAAGUCAACAAUUGAUGAUACUCAGUGUCACUUUACUGUGCCUUGUUUUCACCAGUGUGUGCGGAAUCCAGCACUUUCAGCGGGCAGGCCACAGGCAACUGAAUUUGUUUCAAAGCACGUAUUUCGUGGUGGUUACAUUUUCUACAGUAGGAUAUGGAGACUUCGUGCCAGACAUUUGGCCCUCCCAGCUUUAUAUGGUCUGCAUGAUAUGCGUUGCAUUAUUAGUUUUACCAACACAGUUCGAACAAUUGGCAUUUACUUGGAUGGAGCGACAGAAACUCGGGGGAUCAUAUUCGUCACACCGGGCGCAAAAUGAAAAACAUGUUGUAGUUUGCAGUACGACUUUGCAAGCAGACACCAUAAUGGAUUUUUUGAAUGAGUUUUACGCUCAUCCCCUGCUUCAAGACUACUAUGUGGUUCUAUUGUCACCGAUGGAGCUGGACACGACAAUGCGAAUGAUCCUCCAAGUGCCUAUUUGGGCGCAGCGCGUAAUUUAUAUUCAGGGUUCGUGUUUAAAGGACGGGGAUCUUGUUAGAGCAAGAAUGAUGGACGCCGAGGCAUGUUUCGUCCUCGCGGCACGUAAUUACGCAGACAAAACAGCCGCUGACGAGCACACUAUUUUGAGAUCCUGGGCCGUAAAGGAUUAUGCGCCAAAUGUACCCCAAUAUGUUCAGAUCUUCCGUCCGGAAAAUAAACUCCACGUAAAAUUUGCCGAGCACGUUGUGUGUGAAGAUGAAUUCAAGUACGCCUUGCUGGCUAAUAAUUGUACUUGUCCCGGCGCUUCUACCCUCGUAACUCUCUUACUUCAUACAUCACGCGGACAAGAAGGACAGCAGUCGCAAGAAGAAUGGCACCGCCUGUACGGAAAAUGUUCCGGCAACGAAAUCUACCACAUAACACUCGGGGAUUCCCGUUUCUUCGGCGAGUACGAGGGUAAAUCAUUUACCUACGCGUCAUUUCACAGUCACCGUAAAUAUGGAGUAGCUCUCGUGGCAGUGAGACCCGCCGAGCUGCCAGAAUUUUACGAGGACACUAUUCUCUUGAAUCCCGGACCAAGACACAUAAUGAAAAAAACAGACACGUGUUACUACAUGAGCAUAACAAAAGAAGAAAACUCAGCAUUUGUGGUGGCAAAUCACCAGACGGGAACCGGCGCCACAGAACCCUCCCAUGUAGUAGUCGAGAGCAAGACUGAUGGAUCAGCUGCGGGUGGAAAUGCUUCUAGUGCAACAGCUGGUGCUGGUACUGCUGGAGGCGGGACUGGAGGGACCUUGAGCACUGGAAGUACGCCGGGAGUUGGGACCACAAUGACGUCAAUAGUCACACCGACGACGACGCUGUCGGGAAACGUUGCGGCAGCCACCGCAGCUUCUGGAGGGAACGGUACAAUAGGCAUCGGUGUCACUCAACACCUGAGAUAUACGAAUGGUUUUAAAGUACCGUGUGAUGCGACACGUGCUAUUGUUAACAAUGAGAAUGGCGAAUCGGUGUCUCCGGGCAAACCACGUACUCACGUACCCCCGCCCGGGGCACCGCCGCCACCUCAAGUUAUCUUGCAGGUUCCUAGCACGCCCACACCUCGACAUCACAACCUACUCGCAUCCGAUUUUCACCCGACAUACUUGGACCCAUCAAAUCUAUCUGAUUCACGGCCAUGUUUGCGCGAAAGUGGAUCAACUCCACAAACUCCAAUCACAGGAAAUCAUCUUGACGUCCCACGUGCUAUGGAUCCUAAUCCUCAUCUACUGAGCCCUGAAAUUCUCAUGCAAAGAAGAGGGAGCAGACGUCCGAGUAUUUUACCAGUCCCAGAUAUGCUGACUGGUUCAACACUUCACCUACCGGGUCAAGAGUCACUUGACCACGAGGCCGACGAGUCUGAAGACGAGAUGGACGAUGACGUGCCAUGGAGAUCGCCCAGCGAAAAAAUAGCCUUCAAGGGAAUCGUCAAAGGAUUUCCUCCAGUGUCACCAUUCAUUGGAGUGUCUCCGACAUUAUGUUAUUUGCUGAAGGAAAAAAAACCACUUUGUUGUCUUCAAUUAGCUCAGGUUUGCGAGCAUUGUUCGUAUAGAAAUGCCAGAGAAUACAAUUGGCAGAAUAAAACAAUAAUUCUAGCAGCAGAUUACGCCAGCAAUGGGAUAUAUAAUUUUAUCAUUCCCUUAAGAGCUCAUUUCAGAUCGAAAACUUCAUUGAACCCGAUCAUCCUUUUGCUGGAAAGGAGACCGGAAAUUGCUUUUCUUGACGCCAUCUCCUAUUUUCCUCUUGUCUAUUGGAUGCUCGGAUCGAUCGACUGUUUAGACGACUUGCUGCGUGCUGGUAUCACACUUGCCGAAAAUGUUGUCGUCGUCAACAAAGAGCUCAGCAACUCUGCCGAAGAAGACACGCUCGCCGACUGCAAUACUAUCGUCGCUGUGCAGACCAUGUUCAAAUUUUUUCCAAGUAUAAAGAGCAUCACAGAGCUGUCUCAGUCAAGUAAUAUGAGAUUCAUGCAAUUCCGAGCGCAUGACAAGUACGCACUUCACCUCAGCAAAAUGGAAAAGGUACUCCUCAGUGCUACUUCCGGUGACAACUACCCCGCUGAGCCUCCGAUGGGCUCCCCGAGAGAAAAGGAGCGCGGAUCGCACAUAUCGUACAUGUUCCGUCUGCCAUUUGCUGCUGGAAGUGUCUUCAGUGCAUCAAUGCUGGACACUCUAUUGUACCAGGCUUUUGUUAAGGAUUACGUGAUAACAUUUGUAAGACUGCUGCUUGGCGUUGAUCAAGCACCCGGUUCUGGAUUUCUGACCUCGAUGCAAAUAACCAAAGACGACAUGUGGAUAAGAACUUACGGGCGACUUUACCAGAAGCUCUGCUCGACGACCUACGAAAUUCCUAUUGGGAUCUACAGGACCCAGGACACUAGUCUCGCGGACACAUCCAACGGUGAUUCAGAUGCUGAGAGCGACACGGGAUUUAUGAAAACCUACAGGAUGAAACGAUCUGCCGCGGCUUCAUGUCUUUCUAACUGCACUAGUCGUGAUAAGGGUACAUCCGCUUACUCCGUAAGUCUAGCAGAUGAAGCUCGUGACAACCAUGCGCAGCAAAUAGAACGCGCUGAGAUAGCGAAUCUCGUGAGGUCGCGAAUGGAUUCACUGAACCUGCCGACCGUCGACUACGACGACGUCUCCGAGAAACGCAACAGCCUGUCGUAUGUAAUAAUAAACCCGAGCUGCGACUUGAAACUCGAAGAAGGCGACAUUGUCUACCUGGUCCGGCCGAGUCCGUUUUCAGCUCAGAAAACCUUCGAGCGCCACAACUCGAGGCGGAAAAGCAACAUAAGCUUCUGCUCGGCCCAACUGGUGGCGCAGAUGUCUGCGGCCGCCGCAGGGGCGAAUGCCGGUGGUGGGGGGUCUAGUCGACGGGGCUCGGGAAUCGGUAUGGCUAGAGCACCACCUCUCGGCAGCAGUACUAAGUCAAAUUCACUCUCCUUACCGGACAGUCCCACCGUAGCCGGUGGCCUAAGGGGCCGUUCUAACUCGCUGCGUGUGGUCGAUGAUAUACUACUGAGACGGAGCAAUUCUCUCCGUCAAGGUUUUACCACACGACGAAAGAGCAGCCUAGAGGACAUCGGUUUCGGUGCACUGUCCCAUCCGACCAAUCACAAUCCCAUUAAGAUAGCGCUCAACGGUUCUAUUGGUUUGGAGGUAACACCACCCGAGGAAGGUAGUAUUGGAGCCAGUCCAGGUGCCAGUAACACAGGAAUUCUCGACGUCGGUUUGCCUUCAAUACCGAUCAUGAGUCCUGGCUAUGGUUGUGGUCUUGGUGGUAUGAGUGGCAUGAGUGGCGGAGCUCUGGGCGCGGGUUUAGGCGGCUCACUUGGUGGUCUCUAUGACCCUCCUUUACUGAGUCUGGGCCCCAAGUCCAGUGGGGGACCACGGGAACAAGCUGCUCAAGACCCCCAACAUUUACAGGGAACAAUCGUAUGAUACAACCUCAUGUGGGGACGCAGACUCUCUAGUGUCGUUCGAAAUAAGUGGCUGUAGCGUUCCCACAUGUAGAUUACUAUUUACAAUAUAGAUCACUUUUUUAGAUCACGUAAGGGAUUUAGUUGCCAUUUUAUUGUUUAGUUGCUGGUCUUGAGGUUAAGUAGGUUUGUUUCUGAACAAACACGAUACGAGAGGUCUAAUACAACAUAACCCGGCCUGGAAGCCACUCUGCCGGUAGUUGAGAGUCCGAGAGAUGGUGCUCAUAACUACCCGCGUCCUGGACGACGAAAAUUUUUUUACAUUAUCAUACAACUGUAAUGUAAUUAUUAUUAAUGACAUUUGUAGUUUUAAUAAUUGAUAAUAUUUCUACUGAUUAAUCUUUGAAAAAUUUAUCAGUAGUUUUUUUAGUCGUUUAAUAAAAAAAUUUAUUUAGGUUGGAAAUUAAAUUUAUUUUUUAAAUUCUAUAGACAAUUAGUUAAAAGUUUUUUUGUGAUUAAUCGCUGGAAAUUUUAUAAAAAAAUAUUAAUAACGUACUUAUGUAUAUUAUAUGUAAUAGCGCGAAUUAUAUAAUUGAUAAUAAAUAUAAAUAUAAAUGUAAAAUUAUUAUUAUUAAUAUGAAUAAUAAUAAUAAUUGAUAAAAAAUUAUAGGGUAAUAAAUAAAUAUAUAUAAUUUCAUACUAGGCGAGAAUGGACGGAAAAUAUGAAUAAUUGAAAAUAUAUAUAUAAAUAUAAAUAUAUAUUCAUGAAUGAAUAUGUUUAGAAUCAUAUCACGUGAGCCUGGAGUUUACGUCUGUCACUUUCAUUAAAUAAAAAAAAAUAAUAAUAAUGAUUAAUUAUAAAUUAUAAACUAUUCGUGUAUUUGAUGAAAUUUUCUAUCUAAAUAUUGAAAUGUGAUUAGGAAUGUAUAUUAGUAUAGUAAUUAAUAAUUAAUAAAAAAAAAAAAUAACUACAAUUCAUAAAAAAUAUAUAAAAAUAUAGAACUGCGAUCAAUUCAUGUCAUAAAAUUUAAAUUUUAUUUUUCAUUUUGAUAAUUAUGAACAAAAAAAAUUAUUCAAACAAUCAAAUAUAUAUGAU